CUGCCCACACUGCGAGAGUGAGGUUCAGAAGAAAUUGCCUUGAGACACAACCAAACGCUUUUCUUUACCUUUACGCUUCUCUCUCCUCUUCUUCUGGUCCUUCCUUGUCCCUCCCUCUCUCUUCCCAUAAUUCUCCCCUCCUCUCUUUUUUCUCAUUUCUCAUUCACCCUUACCACUCUACGCCUCUUACCAAUGCACUCUCUGUGAGUGAAUUGGAAGCAGGGGGAAAAACAGAGCUCUCUGUAUUUUUGCUGCUUCUUUGGAUAAAUUCUUGCCCUCCUUUCUUGUCUUCUUUGGAAUUCCUCUCACAUGGGAUCUUACAAAGAACAAGAACAAGAACAAGCUAAAUGUGCUUGGGUUCAUGGGCCUGUCAUCAUUGGCGCUGGACCCUCUGGUUUAGCAGUCGCUGCUUGUCUCUCUCAACAAGGAGUGCCUUGUGUUAUCCUUGAGAAGAGUGACUGUAUAGCUUCUCUAUGGAAACACAGAACCUAUGAGCGUCUCAAACUUCACCUUCCCAAACACUUCUGUGAGCUUCCCUUGAUGGGCUUCCCUCCCAAUUUCCCCAAGUACCCGACAAAAUACCAGUUCGUUUCAUAUCUCGAGUCCUAUGCUUCCCAUUUCUCAAUUCAACCCCGGUUCAAUCAAACCGUCACGAGUGCAGAGUUCGACCAAAGUUGCGGCUUUUGGACGGUUCGAACCCAAGAUUUUGAAUACAUUUCCCGGUGGCGUGUGGCCACUGGAGAAAAUGCAGAGCCGAUGAUACCAAAAAUUGCAGGAAUGGAGCAUUUUCAGGGGCCCAUUGUUCACACUAGUCUAUUCAAGUCUGGUUCUGAUUACAAGAACCAGAGGGUUUUGGUCAUUGGGUGUGGCAAUUCGGGCAUGGAAGCAAGCUUGGAUCUUUGCAGGCACAAUGCAUUCCCUUUUAUGGUCGCUAGAAACACCAUACAUGUUCUGCCUAGGGAGAUGUUUGGGUUCUCAACAUUUGGAAUAGCCAUGACCCUUCUUAAAUGGUUUCCUUUAAGAUUAGUAGACAAGGUCCUCCUGACGCUGACCAGUUUCAUCCUGGGAAACACCGAUCGUUAUGGUCUCCGGCGACCCAAAACAGGGCCCAUUGAGCUCAAAAACGCCACCGGAAAAACCCCUGUUCUGGAUGUUGGAGCACUAUCACAGAUAAAAUCCGGGAAAAUUAAGGUGAUGCAAGAAGUGAAGGAGAUAACGAGAAAUAGUGUCAAGUUCGUGGAUGGUCAAGAGAGAGAGUUCGAUGCUAUAAUCUUAGCAACGGGUUACAGAAGCAACGUGCCUUCUUGGCUCAAGGGCUGUGAUUUUUUCACUGAAGAUGGAAUGCCGAAAAGGCCCUUUCCGGAGGGCUGGAAGGGGGAGAAUGGAUUGUAUACAGUCGGGUUCACCAGAAGAGGCCUGCUCGGAACUGCUUCUGAUGCCACCAAAAUCGCCCAGGACAUCGCUCAUCGGUGGAGGACCGUCAAGGACAGCAAGGACUAUCGUAAUUCCCAGAUUCCUGCUCAAGAGCUCGUGAUGCCAGUCAGUUUUUAAAAUCCAAGGAGAUGUUUAAUUUAACAGAUAAAACACGGGGUCAGGGUCAGAUUGGUAAUUGCAUUAUCUUUUAAGUUUUAACCUCCCCCACUCGCCACUGGCUUUCAGUGUAUGUACAAUUUUGUAACAUUGCGGUAUACAUCUGCUAACCUUCCUCCAAGUCUUACCGUCCUUUGUAAAAAACAUUG